AUGGAAGAACCAGAUCAUGUGCUUGAUGGCACCAUUUCCCAUGCUCGCUGUUGUCUCUGCGGAAUCGCCAUUCUUGGCGAAUUCGAAACGCCACUAUGGCUAUGUCAGUUUCACACUGUUUACGCUAUUGAAAGAGAGGCAAAUGCGAGAGCGUACCUCUCGACUUCCGGACGCAGGCGAGGUCAAUCCGAUCAUAUCACUGUUGACCCUUCAGAUGUCAAGUUCAAGGACAAAAAGACUAUCAGAGUGAAUCUCAUGCCUUACGACUUUGAUGACCCUUCCCGCUACCCAUUUGUCUCUGAUAUCACGCCUGACGCUUGGGGGUAUCCGUUUCAUUCAGCUUGUUGGAAGAUUUUGAACAUUUUCGAACCUAUCGAACAGGAAGAUCUCCAAUCCAUUCUGAACCUCUGCCGCUCAGUUCCCAAGCAAAUGGGAAUGCUGAACUGGGGUCACGAAUAUGGCGGGAGAGCUCGACAUCAUCUCAAAGUCGCCCCGGGCGAGGAGAAUUUCCUAACCUCUUCACCAGUUGUCGUCGGCAUGGAUAUCAACCCUCACAGCAUUGUCGAGCUUAUGCAGAUAUUCGACAGUCAUGCAUCAAAUACAACCAAGGACAACUUUCCGAAGAUCAACCCGUUACCAAAGCUUCAUCAGGUCACAGCUCCUGACCCAUUUGCCGAAUUACCAACCGAUAUUCUUCUUGCACUCGCCGACCAUCUGACCCUCCCGGAGCUCACUCUCAUGAAGCAAUCUUCGCGCACUUUUACCAAUCUUGAACUACCCAGUCGGUUUUGGCGGAAGAGGUUUCGACUUGGACGGGAGUUUGACUACAUCUUUGAGGCCAGAGACCAUACCGGAGGAAACUGGGAGUCGAUAUGCAGAGCUAUUAACGCCUCGAAAUCUAAUGGCAUGGUUCGAUACUCUCUGCACCUGAGAAGACACAUUUGGGAUCUAUGCUACCCCAUGCACCAAGUGCUCGAAAGUAUGCGGCAUACUACUUGUGAUGGAAGCCCCGUAAAAUCCACCUUCGAACCAGAUGCGAUGCCUGAUGCGUUAGCUAGUGAAAAGAGCUGGAUCACUGUCAGUCGGGCACUCAAGCCUCCCGGAGAAACGUUCGAAAGAGGGUCGAGAAUUAUACACGAUCGCGUGGUGGUGUUACCCAGCGAGCUAUCUGCUGUUUACGUAUCGACAGUCGAUCUUUUCGGGCGACGCUACGUAUCCGGACUGAGAUUCAGGGAUAGCGACGGGAAGGAUCUCACUCUUGGUUUUCAGCACCCUAGGCAAGAGGAGCUUCUAGCCCAACAGGCAAAUAGUCUUCAGAUCAUCGGCUUUGAUGUCGCUUUUGAUCAACGCGGAGUCAGAGGCCUCUGUAUACUCUUUGGCAGUGGCGAUCGGUCUAAUUGGGCAGGUGAGCACAAGGAUAUACCCAAACGAAGGAUACAAAGUUGCUCGGAAGAAGACACUUUUAGCCAUCUGAAGGGCGGGUUUGAUGCCGCGAAGCUAGUGGCCAUAUCUAUCAACCGAGACUCAUCGUCAGAGGAACAAGCGAUGCCUGAAUUAUGGUACCCAGAGAUCCCAAGUCCCGACCUGCUCUUCCUAAAACUCAACACCGCUCUAGCCGAGGAUAUGAGGUUCGGCUCAGCCCUCGAACAAGACCUACCAGCCUGUUUUGCACUUUUCCCUGAUAGAGACCCAAGUAUGCUCAGCAAAAUCACAGUCAGGCAUCGUGUUCAUGAAAAGGACAUGCUGAAGAUCGAGUCUGUAACAAUGACCUCGACGGACCAGCGCGAGAAUGAACUUGGUUUCAGACGCACAGAUGGAAGAUACAAUAAAUACUACGACAUCAACUACGAUCAUGAAGUAAGUUUCAGCAUUGACGGCCCAGGUGGGGAGCGGAUAGAGAGUAUGAGGACGUGUUACUUGCUGCAUGGAUUUGUUGUAGGAUUUGAGGUGAAGACGAACCGAGAUCGAACUGCGACAUUUACAGGGGGAACGGGUGUUGAGAAACAGAGGAAUAUUGAAUGGACAAAUUUCAAUACUGAAGGACGGACAGUAGUUGGUUUUUGGGCAACGAUGGAAACGGAACCUGGAUUUCUCGCCUUUGGUCCCGUGCUUCGUUGA